CUCUCCAACCCAAUAAAUACCACCCCUUCAUUCCCCCAAUUCCAUCCUCUCCUCACUCUCCUUUGUCCAGCCCAUCAGACCCAAAUGGCCAAAAGCCUAGAAGUACCAUCCUCCGCCGCCCCCAGCUCCGAAUUCACCGGCAGGGACUACACCGAUCCCCCUCCCGCCCCUCUAAUCGACGCCGACGAGCUCACCAAAUGGUCGUUCUACCGUGCCAUAAUCGCCGAAUUCAUCGCCACUCUCCUCUUCCUCUACAUCACCAUCGCCACCGUCAUCGGCUACAAACACCAGUCAGACCAAGAUGCUUUCCCUGUAGACUCUGAUUGCGCUGGUGUCGGCGUGCUCGGCAUCGCCUGGGCUUUCGGAGGGAUGAUCUUCAUUCUGGUGUACUGCACGGCGGGGAUUUCGGGCGGGCACAUAAACCCGGCGGUGACAUUCGGGUUGUUCUUGGCGAGGAAGGUGUCGCUGGUGAGGGCUUUGCUUUACAUGGUGGCCCAGUGUCUGGGGGCGAUUUGUGGGGUGGGUCUGGUGAAGGGGUUUCAGAAGGCGUAUUAUGUGAGGUAUAAUGGUGGGGCUAAUGUGCUGGCCCCUGGUUAUUCAAAGGGGACGGGACUUGCUGCUGAGAUUAUUGGAACUUUUGUUCUAGUUUAUACCGUUUUCUCUGCUACAGAUCCCAAACGCAGCGCCCGCGAUUCUCAUGUUCCGGUUUUGGCCCCUCUUCCCAUUGGAUUUGCGGUGUUUAUGGUCCACCUCGCCACCAUUCCAAUCACUGGAACUGGCAUUAAUCCUGCACGUAGUCUUGGUGCUGCUGUCAUAUAUAAUAAGGAUAAGGCUUGGGAUGAUCAGUGGAUAUUUUGGGUGGGGCCAUUCAUCGGUGCGGCGAUAGCAGCAGCAUACCAUCAAUAUGUGCUGAGGGCAGGAGCUCUCAAGGCCUUGGGAUCAUUCAGGAGCAACCCUCACGUGUAAUAGCUUAAUAUUACUGAAGGCAAUCUUCUUCUAUUAGUACUGCUACUUUCUCCCAUCUUUCAAAUAGGAACUGUUGUUAAGGAAAUUAGACUUUGUUGCAGAUAUUGUAAGCAAGCUUCAAAUUUGAUGAGGGAGCUCUUAUUUUCUUUCCCCUUAUUGACUUUAAGCUAUCUUCUUCUUCUUUUUUUCUUUGGGAGUACUAAGUUUAGCUUUCUUGUAUCACUUAUUGUCUUUUGAAAAGUGUUGAACUCUUCUUUUGAAAAAGUUUAUAUUAGCAUGCGUAUGAAAGCUCCUUUUGCUUUUCAGGCUUCUUA